AUGAAGGUUCGGAGGGAGAAGCUGGUGCUUUCUCUAUUAUGCGUUGCUUUCUUGCAAGGAUGGAUGGUCCACUCCGUUGAAUAUGAUCAUACAGCAAGCAUCGAGUGCCUUGGCGACCCGAUGAAGCCCCUGUACAACGGCGGCGUCAUCCAGAACGGCGAGUUCAACAGCGGCCUGAUGGGCUGGUCAACGCACCGGAACAGCAAGGCCGGCGUGCGCAGCUCGCCGUCCGGCAACAAAUUCGCCGUGGUGCAUGGCGCAGGCGGCACACUGUCCAGCAGCGGCAAUGUUCUGCCGUCCCACAGCGUCUACCAGAGGGUCCGGAUGCAGCGCGACACCCACUACUCGCUGUCCGCAUGGCUGCAGGUGCCCGCCGGCUCGGCCGACGUGAAGGCAGUGGUCAAGGCCCCCCAUGGCGAGCGCAUCAUCGCAGGCUCCGUCGUCGCGCAAUCCGGCUGCUGGAGCAUGCUCAAGGGAGGCAUGACCGCCUACUCUUCCGGACACGGAGAGAUCUACUUUGAGAGCGACGCCCCUGUGGAGAUCUGGGUGGACAGCGUCUCGCUGCAGCCAUUCAGCUUCGACGAAUGGGAGGCCCACGCUCGCCGCUCCGCCAACGCGACGCGGAGGAGCACCAUCCGGUUGGUGGCCAAGGGCGCCCACGACGACAAGCCGAUGGCGAACGCCACCGUCAUCAUCGAGCUCCUCCGGGCCGGCUUCCCGUUCGGCAACACGAUGACCAAGGAGAUCCUCAACCUCCCCGCCUACGAGAAGUGGUUCACGUCGCGCUUCACCGUGGCCACCUUCGAGAACGAGAUGAAGUGGUACAGCACCGAGUGGAACCAGAACCAGGAGGACUACCGCAUCCCGGACGCCAUGCUCCAGCUCGCCAACAAGUACGGCAUCAGGGUGCGCGGGCACAACGUGUUCUGGGACGACCAGAACUCCCAGAUCCGGUGGGUGAGGCCCAUGAAUACGGACCAGCUCAAGGCCGCCAUGCAGAAGCGGCUCAAGUCCGUCGUGUCGCGCUACGCCGGCAAGGUCAUCCACUGGGACGUGGUGAACGAGAACCUCCACUUCAACUUCUUCGAGGGAAAGUUCGGCCCCACCGCGUCGGCGCAGAUCUACAACCAGGUCGGGCAGAUCGACCACAGCGCCAUCCUCUUCAUGAACGAGUUCAACACGCUGGAGCAGCCCGGGGACCCCAACCCGGUGCCCAGCAAGUACGUUGCCAAGAUGACCCAGAUCCGCAGCUACCCUGGCAACGGCGGCCUCAAGCUCGGCGUCGGCCUGGAGAGCCAUUUCUCCACGCCCAACUUCCCUUACAUGAGGAGCGCGCUGGACACGCUCGCCAAGCUGAAGCUGCCCAUGUGGCUCACCGAGGUGGACGUCAUCAAGGGCCCCAACCAGGUGAAGUUCCUGGAGCAGGUGCUCAGGGAAGGGUACGGCCACCCGAGCGUGAACGGCAUGAUCAUGUGGGCGGCGUGGCACGCCAACGGAUGCUACGUGAUGUGCUUGACGGACAACAACUUCAAGAACCUCCCUGUCGGCAACGUCGUCGACAAGCUCAUCGCCGAGUGGAAGACGCAUAGCAAGGCUGCCACCACCGAUGAGAACGGCAUCGUUGAGCUUAACCUCCCCCAUGGCGAGUAUAACUUCACCGUGACACACCCGUCGGUCAAGGGCGCUAUCAUCCACACGAUGACGGUUGAUGCUGCUUCCUCCGCGUUGGAACACACGAUCACUGUCAGGGUGUAG